AAAAAAAAAAAAAAAAAAAAAAAAAAAAAAAAAAAAAAAAAAAAUCCCCCCCUUCCUCCCUCCAGUUUUUUCCAGCUCUUCCCUCUGCAUGGGACUUCAGUUCUCAUCCUUCCCACAGUUCCAUACUCUUGUUCAACAGGAAGUGUCAGUGGCACCAUGGUACCGCUGGGCGACUGCCCACGGGAGCUGAUCCCUGACAGCACACAGAUCUGCACGCAGAACAUGAGCAGGCUGGAUGCAGGCAAGGUUCUAGGAAUGGAGGGUGAUCUGUGUGUUCAAAGCACCAGCAUCAGUUACCAAUAACCCAGCACAGGUCAGUUUUUAGGAGUCCAAGGUAACAAUUCAACUUUCCAGAAGGCAGGCGCUUCCCUCUUCCAAAAUAAGAGCCUUCCUUCUGUGUUUUCUGUGUCCAGGCCCAAAGCACUUCAAGUCAUUGGCCACUCUCAAAACAUCUCAGCAGCUCAGAUUUUUUAGUUAACAAAAACAAAAAUAAUGGAAACACAAACAACUAGUCCUAAAAAUUGGACACAAUCCUGUGCAAUGUGCUCUGGGAUGACCCUGCCUAAGCAGGGAGAUUGGACCAGAUGACCCACUGUAGUUCUUCCAGUCUUACCUAUUCUGUGACUUUUCCAGGAGGUGAGUGACCUUCUGCACAUGUUCUCAGGACCCUACAGAGAGAAGGGAACAAUGGCUCAUAUUGUUUUGACAGCCAUUCAGACAGAAAAAUACUUAUUUUUCAGAUGCCUGCCUGAAAAUAAAUACCACAAAAUGCUGUAAUGCUAUUGAUCUCAUCAGAAAGACAACCUUGGUCAGAGACAAGCAACAGACCACUGCCCAUCCUAGGGGCACAAAGACCUCAAAGAGCAGCCGCCUCUCACCAGCACUGCCAGUCUGCUGGAUCAUCUUACCCAUGUUACCCAUACUGGGUCACCUGCAAGGAUAAAGUUAAAGCAACUGCUGCUAUGGGGUCUGUAUCUCCUCCUCCACAAAGUUUCUCUGUUAUCUGUAUAGAAAUAAUUUGCACAACAACCUUACAAGUUAUCUUAGAAGGCACAGCAGGUUUCUAGCAUCCAAGCUCUCUCUCAUUUUAAGAGUGACUAUCUGAAUAAUUGGCAGGGAGGAGCUUGGCUGCUCUGUACUGCAGAAACUUGGCUAGAGCGAUGCUGUUAGCAUGAAACAGCAGCAGAUCCAAUGCCCAGAACUUAAACUGAAACUGUUUGUUUUUACUUCACAUCUGUACUGCAGCAUUAGCCACAGGCCAUAGCUGAGUCUGGCCCUGGUCCUUCUGGGAUGAACUUCUAUAUUUUAAACAGACAGGGGAUGACAAAGGUGAUUGAAAGGAUUUCAUGCAACAUUAAAAAUAACUGACAGAGUCAGGAUUUUUUGUCCCCCUGAAAAUGAAUGGCAACUACCACAGGACUAGGGUACUUUGGAAAAAAUGGUCAGGCAACCUAAAUCUUUGGUAGAGCGCAGGCAUUUGUAGUCACAGAAGACUGUUUCUUUUCUUGCAAGAAAUAAAAAAAGUUCCACAAGACCUUUCUAUCAAUAGCUGGCUGGUUUUCGCAGGCACUGGUGUGACAGUAGAGAGCACUGUGAGGCAGAAAGACAGGCAAGUAGUGCAUGCAGGUGUGCUCAGAGAUAUCAUUCCCAGGAUGGUCAAUUCAACAGAAGAAAAAAGGUCCAGAGACGAAAGGACUGCUUCCAAUAUCACACGCUUGCCCUGACUGGUCUCUUGGCCUCUUUUUCCCACUCUCAGACAGAAGGCAAAGAUCUGAAGAAUUUCUUUUAAGAAAUAUCAAUACUCACAUGACAGCUGGAUCUUAGAUGCAAGCCUAGCUCCAAUAGCACCAAAAUCUCUUCCUAAGAGCUGCAACCUGCAGCUCUUAGGCAGCCAGCAUGAGGCAGGGUUUGCUGCAGAACAAAUGCCCAGGCAGAGGAUGCUAUGUGUGAUCCCCAAGGCCUUCAGCCCUGUGGCCAUGAAGGUUACAGCAGAUGAAGUACUGGAGUGGAAGAGGUGUGGCUCUGACACCAGGGGACCCAGCUUUGAUCUUUGAUGAACCCGGCUGUGAUUUACCAGGGAAAGUUUUAGGCUUUCUUCAGCAGGUAGUCAUGGAGCUUUUUAAGGAAGUAGAGAAUUUUUCAAAGGCUGGAGGAUGCACCUCUGCCUUUUUUUGGCAAGCUGUCACCAGAACUGGACCAUGCCGAGCACCUUGUUGCUCUCAGCAAAAAAAAGGCAUUUCAUAGUUAGAUGGGUACUGAGAGUGUUGGCACUGGAGAAAACCAAAACAAGAAGGAGGGGAAGAUGGUUUUCUGGUGGAGCUCAUGCAAGAGCCAAGGACCUUGUAAGGAUGCCACCUCUCCUAUUGCCCAUUGUUGUGCCAGUGCCAAGUCACUUGUGCACAGCAUGACAGGAAACAGCAGUGCAAUGCUCCUUACCCAUAAGCAGCAGUAAACAUAGCAUCGGCCUUGACAAGGGGACAACAUCAAAGAGGAUAUUUGUUUUAUUAUAGUCAACAUGCAGGCAUCCUGUUAUCUUAGUCACACCAAGACUAGGUAACUAAACUGCCAGGUUUAAUGUUUCAGGUCACAUCAGGGAAUAGUUUUACCAGCAGAUGUAAAGAUCAUCGUUUAGAGUGGGCAGCACUCAAGGUCAGAGUCAGCAAAUCCUCCUCUAAAAAUAGACUCUACUUGCACAGUUAGUGAGGCUUCUUUUGUCGUUCUGCUGCACUUCACAGGACCCAGUUACUUACUGCACCCACCUAAGCUUACAGUUUCUCGCACAUCCUGAGACCGCUACUUCAUGGACAAGAUGUCAUCAGGAAGCUGGAAUGCUGGGAAGAAAAAUGCAUAUACAGCAGUCAAAGUAGAUCCUGAUGAGGACUAUUGUACCCCAGGGGCAUUUGAACUGGAGAGGCUCUUGUGGAAGGGCUGCCCAAAGUACACUCACGUCAAUGAAGUCUGGCCCAACCUCUACAUAGGAGACGAAAAAACGGCGCUGGAUCGCUACAGCCUGGAAAAGGCGGGAUUCACCCACAUCCUCAACGCAGCCCACGGGCAGCGCAACGUGGACACGGGAGCACAGUACUACAGCAGCAUGGCUGUGCAGUACCAUGGCGUGGAAGCAGAUGAUCUCCCCACUUUCAACCUCAGCCAGUUCUUUUACUCGGCUUCCAAAUUCAUUGAUAAUGCACUUCAGGAUGAAAGAAGCAAGGUGCUGGUUCACUGCGCCAUGGGCCGCAGCCGCUCCGCCACACUGGUCUUGGCUUACCUGAUGAUUUACAAGAACAUGACGGUGGUGGAUGCCAUUGAGCAAGUGGCAAGGCACCGCUGCAUCAUGCCAAACCGGGGCUUCCUGAAACAGCUGAGAGAGCUGGACAUAGCGCUGGCACUGCAGAGGAGGAACAGCAAGAACAGCCUUGCACCUGCUGAGCAGCAGAACAGCACCACCAUCUAGCACCGUCCUGGCAUGGCUGUGCUACGGGAAAAGAAACUCCAUAAAAGGAGGGGAGGGGAGAGUCACAGAGUCAUAAGGAUCAUUUGUUAUUUGCUAGGAAAAAAAAAAACCCAAAGUAAUUUCAAACACAAUGUCAAGAUCAGAAAGAAGGGAAACCAAAUUUAAAGCUCAUCAUCUUAGAAAGUUCAAGCCUUAGAAGAAUUCUUUGUUACAUCAACAAAUAAGUUUUUCUCUCUGCAAAGAAACCCCAAACAUUUACAACACAAAAGCAAACAACUUAAAACUCUCUUAUAGCAAAGUACUCCCAAAAUCGUGAUCCUAACUCAAGCCCACAGCCUUUAAAGGAGUGCAGAUAGGCACUCCUGAAGAAAUCUUCAGGAGGAAAAGUGUUUUUCCUGCAGGAAAAACACUGAAUUGUUUAGUCCAGAGUCCUGAAGGGUUUCACAAGAGUUUGCCUUUUUAUGCUGUUUCCUGGCAAUUUUAUUUCUUUUUUCACAAUGAUAAUCCAGGGCAGCACAGCAGUUAGAGACCCUCUACAUGAGGAUCAACUUCACCAUGAGCUUUACAGACAGGAAUUCUAUAUCAAGUGAUAAACUAAAAGACAACAAAUAUCUGUAAGGAUUUCCCUUUGUCAGGCUACAUUUGUCUUCUUUCUUGUAUCCUGUAUGAGAUCUUGAUGACUGCUGUGACUGAAAGAGGAUUUGUCAUUGAUUCACAUGCAUAAUUGAUCACCCUCAGCACUACAGACAAUUGCCAGGGCCAUUCUUUCUAUUUACCAUGCUGAUAUAAAUUGAGUUUAUUUCCAUCAACCACCCUCUGCCAGAUGGACAAAUUAAACAGCUUAUAAAACUGAGACACAGACAGUGAUCUAACAUGGAAGAUUAGUACCUUUAGCAGUCCUUCGUUUCUGCUUAUAUCAGAGAUUCUUACCCUGUGAGUAAAAACCUGGCUGCAUUUUGCCCACUGCUAGGGGAUCAGGCAGCCUGAGUGUAACAACACUUACCAUUCCUGUCUUUGCCAAGGGGCUGAGUGCAGCUUCCACGAGAACCGGCAUUUGGCAGCUUCUGGAUGAAGUAUGUCCUGCUCCAAAGACAACUUCUUUCCUAGAACCAGGUCUUUCCUGACAGACUCUGCUGGCACAGCUGUGCCAAUCAAAGAGUUCUGAAGUAAACAUACUGUCAUUUACUUCCCAGCUUUUUUUUUUCCUACUGUUCUCCCAGAAUCAAUGAGACUAAAUCAGAAAAGCAGAACUUCUGGAACCAAAAAGUGAGGCAGCUCUUGCAAGCUGCUGAUCAGCUGAUUCACAAGUGCCAGCAGCACUGACUCCAGCUACAAGCCAGGACUGCAGGAAACACAUACUGAACAAGGCAAGUUGAUUUCUUUCUUGCCAACCACCAGUGGCAUGAAGCAUUCUGUAAGAGUGCAUGGCCAAAGAAGCCUCUUGCCUUUCACAAGAAUCAUCUAUUGCAAUUCUUGAAGAAUUUUUUGAAGACAUAAAAGCAAGAGCUCAUUCCCCUCUGGGAUAGUGCUAGAGCAUACAGUCAAAACUGACACUGCAAGGUGCAUGCAAGACAGAGACCAAGUACAUCUGUCAAGGAAAAAAAACAACCUUCUUAUUUAUCAGAAAUUUUAGUGCCAUAAUGCAAUUCACAGCUAAACACUUGUUAUGGGAAAAGAUGUAGGAUAGUCCCUUGUCCUCCUGGAAGGAAUUAAAUUCUGAAAUAACAAGAUUAUAUUGGAAACUUGCCUAUUGUGCAUACACUAUGCAUCAUUUCCCAAUCAACUCUUAACUCAUAUAUUGUAAACACAGAAUUUUAGCAAUAUGCUGGAGUCAGGAAGCUGUUUCAUGUUAGCAAAUAUCUGAAACGUUAAGAAAGUUUGAUUUGCUUGUAUGUUACUGGCUUCAAAACUUGAAACUGAACAGCAGCAGAUAAAGACCCAGGUGCCUUUUUCACUCACUGUAAAAACACACAAAUACAAAAAUCACAAGACAAAGCUAAACACACCUGAAGGCUGCACAUUACUGCAUCGAGAUCCACUUUCCUUUUCUUAAGCACAAAAAAGGUAAGUUACUUUGUAAAGAUGAAAACAAAGUGUAAGUACUAUGGAUACUCUCUGCCUUGAAUCAACAAAUCUGACAAUGUAAGGGCAUGAACCCAGAUCUUUCUUGUAUGGUGCUUUCCUUAUCAGGUGUUCUGAACUCCUAAAACACAAGUUACUCCAGAUUACCAUUUGACCAGCAAUUUUAGCUCUCAUUCAGAUUCACUAUUUUAGACUGCUGCUCCAUUGUAUUAAAACUCAACAGGGCAUGCACAUGAAUCUGUAGUAUCAAUUUCUUGAUUUGGCACCAUCACAUAUAAAAUAUUAUCUUUAAAGUUGUUUUAUAUACUGGAAUGGGGACAGUUUUCAGUCAAGAUGGCCCCUCCUUUCACCUUAACUACUAACCUUACUGCAGUGACAGGGGCAACAUUCACAUUAGAAGCAUUCUGAAAAAUUAUUACAGGGACUUUUUCUGGUGUAGGUUCACACAUCCCACAUUUGAAUUUGUCCACUCACAAGAUCCACAUAGAGACAGUCUUCUUGUCUUUAACAGACCUUCUAUUGCUACAUGAGAAGUGCUCAUCUAUGUGUAUGUUUGUGUGUGCCCACAUACAUGCAUAUACACACAACCCAUACAUGUAACGCAGAAUUUGCAUCAUCUUGUCACCCAGCAACAAUAACAAAGGAAGAGAUUACAAUUCUAUCAUUAAAAUACAGUUCAAACACCAUGUCUG